AUGUCAAAGUUUACCGCCACCCUAACCGCCGCCCAAGGCGCCGGCCUCGUCGCCUGGUCCUUCGACACCGCCCAGCCCGCCACCACACUCAACCUGGACAUCACCGCGCACGCCAUGCUCCUGCGCUCUACGCGCCGGCGAGCCAAUGGCCAUGUGAGGCGUAAAGCGCGCAAAGCGAGGAUUGUGGGGGUGGCGAUGACUGGGGUUGUUUUUCUGUCCCUUGUUGGAGCGGGGUUCUCGAUAUUCUUCCCGGCGGACACGGGAGGGGAUGCAUCGGCGCCGAAUACGGCGGAGCAGGGCGCUUCGAUAGCUGUAGUUGUCGCCAUGGGGUUGGUUCUUAUUUUUGUUAUUAAGUUGAGCCUCCUCGUCCAAUGGUACUUCUACUGGCUCGCCCUCGCCGUCGUCGCCCUCCUCAUCGUCAACAAAGGCAAGCUCGUGCCCUCCCCCUCCACCUCCCCAACCCCGUCCACAGGCCUCUCCCGCAUCUUUGACCCGCACACCGGCCCCACCUUCCCCAUCCUCCUCACAAUGCUCAUCGUCCAAUCCCUCACCCUCAUCGCCACCCUCGUCCGCCGCUCCCUCUACCCGCUCGCCGUCGCCCGCCUCACGCCGCAGCAAGCCGUAUCAUGGUGGCGCGUCAGACCGAUCCGAUUACAGCCGGGGACGUUCCAGUACACCCUCUACGACCCCUGGACGCUCUCCACCGACCAGCGGACAUUCAGCUACACCGGCUCUGUGAACCCGCACGGCCAACCGCAUGGACACGGCGUGUGGUGUGACGACGCGGAUAGCGGGGAGGUGACCACCGGGUGGUGGAGGGAGGGUGUGCUGGAUGCGCCGUUCAGCGCGAGGGAGUUUGGGAGUGGGGAUUCGUUUGGGGCUGUGAGGAUCGGGUUUGUGACGUGCGCGGCAUUGGGGCCGGAUGAGUAUCGGUGGAGGCCCGAGGUGGAUAGGAGGGGGGUUAGGUAUGGGGUUGCGAGUGUGGAGUGUAGUGUUAGUGGCAAAUUCUUUGCUGAACUCCCACAAGUAAGUUAUCCCGUCCCCCCCAAAUACCGCGACGAGAUCAUCGCGGACCUUUCUUCCGACGUCGAGCCGGGUAUAUCCCCGCAACCGAUGAGGAUGCUGCUGCGGGAAUUGGAUAAUCAUGAGUUUACUGCGCGGCCGGCGUUUUCAAGGGGGCCGGCGGAGCAGUUUCAAAGUCCUACGCCUACGGAUUUGGGCGAGACUGGUGGGAAUCCGAGGAACUUGGAGCGGGUGGUUGUUAGUGUUGAUCAGGCGACCGGGUUGCCGUUUGUUGUAGGCUGUCGGCGGGUUGAUGGCCAGACCGCCGACCCCACCUCAUUAAUAGUCAAAACCACCAAAGAAGAGUCUGGCCGCAUGGGUCUAUCCGUCGACGGAUGGGUGCCGGAUCCUACACCGAAACCACAUCCCGAUCGCGGGACCAGUCUGACAACGCCGCGGCAGGCGGAUGAAGCCUUAAUCUUCAUCCAUGGAUUCAACUGCUCCCUCACCGCCGCCCAAACCCGCCUCGCCCAACUCCUAACACUCGGCAACUUCCCCGCCCACAUCAAACCCCUCAUCUUCGCCUGGCCCUCCGGCCGCGAACUCACCUACUUCUCCGCCAUCCGCAUGGGCGCCCACUCUGCGAUAAAAGAGGCGUUUAUGGGGAUGGUGAGGGAGUUGAGGGAGGCCGGGGUGAGGAGAUGUCAUCUUGUGGCGCACUCCGCCGGGUGUAGGUUGGCGGUGGGGUUUGCGGGGGGGUUUGGAGAGGUUUUUACGCGGUUGGGAGAGGAGGAGAAUGGGAAGAUGGAGUUGGGGAGUUAUACGUUAAUCAAUGGGGAUGUCCCGCUAACGGAUUUCCUGUCAACACACUACCCCGCAAUCCGACAAUACUGCGCGCUGAUCACGACGUAUGUGGAUGAGAACGACGGCGCGCUUUUCUGGGCGGAGGUUGUUUGUCGGACGAAGGUUUUGGGGAGGAAUCCGGGGGCGGUUUAUACUGUUGUGCCGAUGCGUGAGGAGGAGGAGGGUGAGGAGGAGGGCGAGGGUGAGGAGGAGUGGAUGGGGGAGGGAUCGUCUGUGCAGCUUAUGGAGCGGGCUCCACCGACUCCAAGCAAUGAUAGCACGGCACGCAAACGAGGGAAAUCAGUGCUCGACGUCGACACCCAUCCACCAUCCCGGACACCCACCCAACAACCCCUGUGGCUCAGCAACCGCCACCGCACGACCGGGUUCCUGCAAGUCAAACAUCCGUGGCAGGAUAACCACAAAGCCAGCGGCGGGCCCCUGAAGUUUAUGCAGUUGGCGCGGUUUGGAGGGUUCUGGAAGGGGUCGAACUCUGGGAAUGACUCCCCAUCCGCCUCCGUCUCCUCUCCCCUCACCCCCUCAACACCCUCCCCACCCUCACAACAACACAAACCCCACCAUUGGGAACGCAAAUACGAACGAAUUCACAUCCACAUGCAAGAAGAGAUUACACGCCUGCAAGAGUUGAUGCGCGGGCGGGAACAAUUCGCCAAAAUCGUUACUGAUCAUGAUGGUGUACGCGGAAGUGCACAUUCGGGGAGACAGAGACGGUACAUGAUCUACCCAGACUGUGAUACGAUCGACACGAGUCUUCUGGAUGUUAAUAUCCAUAGUUUGAGGCAUAACUAUUUCAACCUCAACAGGAUGUUUGUAGAUGAUUUGCUGGACAUUAUCGUGCACGGGAAACGAGCGGAGGAACGGACGGCGAGGUUGGCGCAUACGAUCCAGGGCGGGCUUGUGUAUCAGUUUUUGUGUGCGCCUAGUUAUGUGGUGAAUCCUUGAGUGGGGACAUCCAUCCUUGAGUGAGGAGAUAUGGGUAAGGGUGCAGUCCAGUGGGUUUUGCCAACGUCGCCCACCCCAUUCCAUAGCCCACCACACUACACUUUGCCGAGGGAAGAAAGCCCACCAUACUACAC